AUGGAAGCUGAAAGACUUUCGCAAAUACUUAAUAAGCAUGGUUAUGCAAUUAAGACAGAGAUCGGUCAUGGAACAUUUGCAAAAUGCUACCUUUGUGAUUCAGAAAAAUACAACAGUCCUUUUGUUUGCAAAGUCAUCAGAAUUAGUCCUGAAAUUGCAAAGAAGGGUUAUGAAACAACAUUUUAUUCAGAGCUUAAUGCCUUAAUUAAGCUCAUGCAUCCGAAUGUGAUCAACAUCUAUGAUCAUUUCUGUGAAGAAGAAUAUUAUGUACUUGUCCUUGAAUACUGCUCAGGUGGAAACUUACUUCAGUAUAUCGAGAAGUGGGGUCCUAUCGAACCUUACAAGAUUAUUAUCCUUGCUAGACAAAUCCUUGAAUGCUUAACAUAUGUUCACUCCAAUAACAUAUGCCACCACGAUAUUAAGCCAUCUAAUAUCUUUAUUGAUGCAUUCAACCGUGUUAAACUCGCAGAUUUUGGAAUUUCUCAGAUCUUACAGAAAAACGAAAUGUCAAUCAUGUAUGGAGGCUCAAUAGCCUACUUAGCUCCAGAAGUCUUCCAGAAGCUUCCAUAUGAUUCAUUCAAAGCUGAUAUCUGGUCCUUUGGUGUGACUUUAUAUCAGAUGAUUACCGGAGGCAACCUUCCGUACUGCGGUAAUAAUAUUAUGGAGUUAUUACAUUCAAUUUUCCAAGAGAAGUACAUUCUUCCAAAGAAUUGCCCAAAAGAACUUAGAAUGUUACUUAAAAACUCAUUGAAUCCUAAUCCAGAAAAGAGAUGGACAGCCAAACAGCUCAGAGAUUAUCUUCAGAGCGUUCAAAACAGUACUCCUAUAUCUACUCCAAGAAGAAUUACAAGAACUUCCUCAUUAAGAGAAAAAUCAUUCUCUCAAUGCGAAAGUCCAUAUAGUAUGCCAUCUCUUGUUCGCCCGGUAAUCUACAGAAAAGUUAAAAAGAUUACACUUUAA